AUGUCACGGUCCAAUAGCGUGAGUCCUCCAGGAGUGGGACAUCCCGGGAUGCGGAGGGGGGUGGGGACUGAGCACAAACCCGCCUGGCCCGAGUCGGUGUCGGUCUCGAACGGCUGCCCUUACGCGUCCUCCAGAGCUCCACCACCUCCACCUCCUCCACCUCCUCCAGCAGCCGCAGCGCGCAGCUCCUCCAACCACCACAACCGCUGGAGAGACCACCAUGACGCGGCCACGGAGGCGCACAUGCACAGAACUCGCCCCACCACCACCACCACCACCACUACCGCUACUGUCAGCCGGGUCAGCUUCCGAUCGAGGUCCGCUUGGCAAGACCACGGCGAGCGGUCAUCCCCCAAGCCGCUACACGAGCUGAGGGCGAGCAAGACCAGUUUGGAGUUGCAGGAGCGCGCACGGACUUCUGGGUCAUGCAGGCGGGUUCUGAGUCCCAGCAAGCUCCCCACGACGACGAGUAACAAACCCACUGAGCCAGAGGAGGAUUACGCGAUGCCCCAAGUGACUGUGGCCUCCUGCUGCGCCAGUGUCCUGCAAGUUUUCAAGUCAAAAAAGUUCCAGUCGGAGAAGUUGGAGAGGCUCUAUCAGCGCUACUUCUUCCGCUUGAACCAGAGCAGUUUGACGAUGCUCAUGGCGGUCCUGGUCCUCCUGUUCUCGGUGAUGCUGGGGUUCCAUUGCGCAGGAGGAGAGGCCAACGCCACUCUUGUCUCCGUCUUCGCCAUAGCCAUAUUCCUGAUCCUGGUGCUGAUGGUGGUGUGUAACCGGAACGCCUUUCACCAGGACCACAUGUGGAUGGUGUGUUACGCGCUGAUCCUGCUGGUGCUGGUGGUGCAGGUGAUCGGCGUGAUGCUGGUGCGGCCCCUGAGCGCGCAGGAGGGAGUGUGGUGGACGGUGUUCUUCAUCCACAUCGUCUACACGCUGCUCCCGGUGCGGAUGCGGGCGGCGGUGAUCACGGGGCUGGCGCUGUCGGGGAUCCACGUGGUCGUGUCGGGGAUGCUCAACGGGACGGAUGGGUUCGUGUGGAAACAGGACGUUCGCAGCCUGGAUACUUCAGUGGGUAAUGGCUUCAAGAUCAUCGGGUCUUUGUCUUUGGGAACAGCUGCAAACGAACCGAGACCUCACAGCGAGCCUCUGAUGAUUUGA